UCAAGGUUUGCGCUUUUGCUUUGCGAGUUUCGAGCCUGAUACAUGAUUGUCUGGGCUUGUCUGCCGGCUGCUUUGCAAAAUUUUAUUUUAAGCGUUCAGUAUUCAUUUAAAUGUGGAAAUCCGAUCACAAAUAGUUGCCCACAAAGAUGAAGUUUAAGCUGUGCUACAAUUUGGUACUGUUUUUUGCAUUUGUGCUACCAUCUGUACUAUGCAAAACCAACACCAAGAGUGCUGUCGUUGAGGGGAUUACCGACAUGAAGGAGCUGAAGAAGCUAUUCCGUACCAAAACGAACGUGCUGGUAAUGUUUGUAUCCAGCAUGAGAGAAGCACACAGUGCUCUGGUUGCCUUCCGGGAAGCAGCAGAAAUUGUCAAAGGACAAGGCACGAUGGUUUUGUUCGACUGCGGCAACACGGAGAUGAAGAAAAUUUGCAAAAAACUCAAGGCCAAUCCGGCUCCAUACACGUUGAAGCAUUUCAAAGAUAGCGACUUUCAUAAGGAUUACGACCGACAGCUGACAGCCACCAGCAUGGCCAACUUUAUGCGUGAUCCCACCGGAGAUCUACCGUGGGAAGAGGAUCCCGUUGGCGUGGAUGUCGUGCACGUUCCGGAUUCCGUGGCUUUAGGAAAGUUCCUGAAAAAGGAAGUUCGACCAAUCUUGGUAAUGUUCUACGCCCCGUGGUGUGGAUUCUGUAAAACCCUCAAACCAGAAUACUCAGCAGCUGCAACCGAAUUGAAACCAAAAUACGUUCUGGCUGCGAUCGACGUGAACCGGCCCGAAAAUUCCAUCAUCAGAAAGCAGUACAACAUUACGGGUUUUCCUACGCUACUAUACUACGAGAAUGGUCGCAUGAAGUACACGUUUGACGGUGAGAACAGUAAAUCCGGAAUAAUAGCGUUCAUGAAAAAUCCCGCUGCACCACCAGCCACCAAACCGAAGGAACCGGAUUGGGCAUCGGAGGCGAACUCAGAAAUUGUCCACCUGGGUAGUGCCAACUUUGAGCCGGCCUUGAAGGACGAAAAAUCCGCGCUGGUAAUGUUUUACGCACCGUGGUGUGGCCACUGCAAGAAAAUGAAACCCGAAUACGAGAAGGCCGCGACCAUUAUGAAGGAGAGCAAAAUUGCUGGCGUUCUGGCGGCACUGGAUGCCACCAAGGAGCAAUCCAUUGGGCAGCAGUUCGGAGUGAAGGGCUACCCUACGGUGAAGUACUUCAGCAAUGGAGAGUUCAAGUUCGACGUGAACGUUAGAGAUGCAGACAAAAUAGUUGAGUUUAUGAAGAAUCCAUCGGAGCCUCCCCCACCCCCGGCACCAGAAGCACCGUGGGAGGAGGAACAGAGUGAAGUGGUUCAUCUCAAUGAAGAAACAUUCAAACCUUUCCUCAAGAAAAAGAAACAUGUCUUAGUCAUGUUCUACGCACCCUGGUGUGGUCAUUGUAAGCGCGCUAAGCCUGAGUUUGCCAACGCCGCCGAGCAAUUCAAAGACGACCCGAAGGUCGCCCUGGCUGCGAUCGAUUGCACCCGACACAGUGGAGUCUGCUCGGCGUACGAAGUUCGUGGGUAUCCAACAUUGAAGUACUUUAGUUAUUUGAAAACCGUCAAGGAAUACAGCGGAGGCCGAACGGAAGCUGACUUCGUUAAAUUCCUUAAGGAUCCCGAUAUGCCGCUUCAGGAGAAAGUAGCCGAACCGUUUGGAGAUUUCCCUGGAUCGGAUAAAAUCAUCAUAAUGGGUGAUAAGAAUGCGGAUGAAGUGCUGCAAAACGAAGAUCGCCUGCUGGUGAUGUUCUACGCUCCGUGGUGUGGACAUUGCAAACGAAUGAAACCUGACUUCGCUGAAGUGGCCAGUCUGUUGGUGAAAAACAAUGUCCCUGGUAAGGUAGCGGCUAUUGAUUGUACGGAGCACCCCAAGACAGCAGAACGAUUUGAGAUUCAGGGAUAUCCUACAAUGAAAUAUUUCGUUCGGGGGAAAUUCAUCAAGAACUACGAAGGUAAACGCACGGCCCAAGCCAUGUUUGAAUUCAUCCGUUCGAACGGUGCCAGCCAGAAGGAUGAACUGUGAACUCAUAUUUUGGGAAAUGUACUUCUCAAAACACAAAGGGACAUAAUUUGUGAUCUGAUGUAACUCGCACAAACUGCGCCACGAGAUAGCGAGUGAUCUUUACUGUAUCUGCCUCAGUUUUAAUAUUCCUCUCUCUACCUAAACUUUUCUUGUAUAUUGAAUGAUCUGUACUUUAAGCAACCCUUCUCGAAUGAUUAAUUUAUCUGAGCGAUAGUUGUCGUAUAUUGUAAAUUAUUAAGGACAUCGUGAAGCUAAUCCACUUUAGCGAAACCAAGCAACUUCAAGACUUUUUUGAAUGAUCAUAGAUCGAGAGUGAGUGAAUGAUUCUGUCUGAUCUGUGGAAUAAUAAAGUGCGUAUGAAGUAUAGGUGUUUUAUUAAUUUAAA